CUACCUAUCUGGAAAUCAAAUCAUUUUGUGACGUUUUGAAUCAAUUACAACCAUAACUGUAAAGCAACUGCAACAAAGAUACAUUUCCUGUAUUUUUUUCCAAAAAUACAUUUCCUUUUGCCACGUUUAACACUUGUUGAACUUAUUAUAAUAUAUAUUAAAUACUUUGAAUUAUUACGUAAUUAUGGAAAAAACUCGCCGGGACAUGCAGAAACACCUUACACACAAACGCACAAAUUAGGCUAAAUAAUAAUGGAAAGAAUUUGCGUUAUUCCACCAUAGCUGUGUUCAAGCAAAAAAGUAAAACAGAGUUGUAAAGUUAAUAACAAAAAACUUUUUUGCUUCGCAUCUGUAAGGUAAUUGAUCUGUAAGGUUUGCAUGCAUUUGAAACAUGAAUAGCAAGCACAAAAUUUGAACAACAUUUGUGCAGCUGAAUAAGAACAAAAAUAAGAAUAUCACAAAUCGAACACACAAACAAUGAUUAUGAACUGGUUCAAUUGGUCCAAAAUAAUAGUAUCUUGGGGAUUUUUGUUAAAUCUUUAUCCACUGCCAACGCUGCCUUUCAAACUAUAUCACCCCUACCACUGUGUAAAUAUACAAUUAUUAUAUUAUUUAUAAAAAGAUAUACAUGUCCAAAUAAGCUUAAAAAUUACAACUAAUACUAAACGUUAAAGUAAACAAAUUUCGAAGGGUUUUCCAUCGUCAUCUAGUGGCUAAAGGAAUCCGAGGGCGGAGCAAAGCUCUCCAGACAGCCCAUUGGCACCGCGUUUGGAAAGGAAAAAGAGGAAACUGAUGCGCACAUGACAGUUUCUGACAUUUUACUCGUUGAUUAGGUCAGCAGACGCGUUCCCCCAAUUAAAGACGGCGACCAAUACAUCGUGGACUAAUUCAUCGACAUGAAAAAACAGAAGAUUGCCAGAUAGAACGCCAUCGAAGACAAACAGUUCAGGCCACCCAACAGGUUACGUAAAUGUUUUAAAUGGCGAAUAAAUGCACCUCCUUUUCAAUUCAUAACAUAUUAAACCGAGGAAGUGAAUCCGAGAGAAAUACCUGUCUUGAUGAGGACGCAGAUGAACGGGCGAACGGGGACAGAGAGGCACAGGACUGCUCCGGUUCAUCUCUGUCGGUGCGAUCCGAGAGCGCAGAGAGGCGCAUCUCUUCCUGCGAGCUUGUGUUAGACUCAUCAUCAUCCUCGGACCAGCAUUCAUGCGAGGAAGAAUCCACAGGGGAAGACACAUCACAACUAGAAAGACGACACGAUCACGACAUUGAUCGAGAGAAGUCCCAGAGCUGUAACUUCGGAGACAAUAAUUCCAAAUCGAGUAAGAAAAGGUCCCGUGCCGCCUUCUCCCACGCGCAGGUGUACGAGCUGGAGAGGCGCUUUCACCUGCAGCGCUACCUGUCCGGACCAGAGCGCGCGGACCUGGCAGGAGCCCUCAAACUGACCGAGACGCAGGUGAAAAUAUGGUUCCAGAACAGGAGAUACAAAACCAAACGGCGACAAAUGGCGGCCGAGCUUGCGACAACUCCCACGACAACCCUGGCGAAGAGAGUGGCGGUGAAGGUGCUUGUGAACAACGACCAUAGGCAAUACAGCGCCGAGGACCUGCUCAGUGCGCAUCCCUUACACCCAUCAUUCCCUUACUAUCCGUAUAUGUUCUGCUUUCAGCCGUGGACCUCAGGAAACACUUUAAGCGGUGGCUUGUACUGAAUUACUGGAGUUAUGUACAAUACAGCCAAAGUGCGUUUAUGAAGAAGAACGCAAACAAAACCAUAUUUUUCCAACAGGAUUAUAAAUACUGAACGUGUCCAAAGAAGCAAACGGAGAAGGACACAAUGUGAUGCACUGAAUUGAGACGAUUAAGCCAAAGAUAAAAAAUUCACUCAGUAGAAAUUUUGGCAACAUUUCUUGUCAUUUUUAAUAGUGUACAAUGGCCAUAAAAGAAUGAAAAAGCUUGAGCCAAAUGCACUUGAAAUUGUAAUAAUUACAUUGUAUUAGAAAACAAAAUACCAAACCAAAGACUGUCAUUGGCAAAACAAUUGAUGCAUGACUAGCUUCUUAUUUCUUAGACAUUUUGGGGUUUACUUUAAACCAGUUGUUCCUAAGGUAAGAUUUAGUGGAUGUAUGAAGUCCACGCAGGUGUUUUUGUUAAAAUAUCAUCUAAUGCAAUUUAUACAUUUUGUAUAAUGUAAAAGUGCCUCAUUAGUUUUUUAGGGCCUGUGUAUAUGAUUUGGUAUGAUUUGAGUGUGUCUAGUUUGGAAAGGUUUACUUUGUUAGGCUUUGUUCUUGUUUCAAGUUUUCCUUUAUGUCAAUCACCAGGGAAAGUUUAACACAAACCUUUUGUGUACUGUCAUACAGCCUACUGUGCACUUGAAAUGUCUUAAAAUGUGUCAGCAACCCACUGUUCCAAUUCAUUGUCUAAGUUUUAUUCGGUCUCAAAAGCGCAGGUAUAGAAGAACACAGGUUCAAUAAAGGUUGUAGAGCAAACAGAAGAAAAUGUGGUACGUGUGAGAAAAGCUAACCACAAUAGUACAAAUCUUAAUGGGUGUUUGUCAACAUGAUGUACUUCGAUUAAUGACUGUAGGGCAAUCAUUUAAGAGGAAACGGUGAUCGAAAAGACUGUUGACAGGAGUUCAUGUACAUACAAAUAAAAACCAAAUGAAAUACCUUCAGGGAGUAAAUCUUCAGAUUUUUAGAUAACAAGACACCUUAAAAUCUUUAAACACAUGUAGAAAUCUUAUUUUAAGGUCGUAUCGAUGGACUGCUUUCAUAUUUAUCUGAUAAAAAGUUUAUAUACCAUGGACCCAGUUAUUCUGGGACAAUAAGUUUAACAGUCAGUACCAAGUGAGCAAACGAUCUUAAAUCUGCCCUCUCUAUGCCCUCUCAUCCAAGACUAAAGUCUAAGUUGUUCAUUUCCAUGAAGAACAACAAUGUCGAGUUGUCUGCUUUGAAUAGUCUGUCCUCUUGUGUUUAAGGAAGGAGGCCGGAGCAGUUGA